CUCAUAUACAGCCAGAAAAGUGUACAAAGCAAAGACUCCGUGUGGCCAGGGAUGCUAAAGUAACUUGGAGAAGAUCAGUGCAUCCCGAGUGCUCCUCCUUUCUUUACGCAGUUCUUCUGAGGACACCAGAACUCCACACCUCACCUGCUUUCUUCCUGAACAUCCUGAGUGUGAGCUCCAGAUUUAGAUCAGUGAGCUCCAGAUUUAGAUCAUUCCAUGAUCACUGCCCUCGCUGGUUUGUAAAGAGCUUUCUGAAGAGGAGAGCUUUCCUACAGGUGGCAUUGCCAACAGAUCAAGCUCGCCACUGCUCAGUUUCCAACAUACAGAGACAUGGCUUGGGCCUCCAGCAUUGAUGCAUUCUUUAAGAAUUUUAAGAGGGAAAGCCAAAUCCUCUCUGAGGAAACCAUCAUUUUGAUUAAAACCCACAUUCAGGAAAAUAACCUCCAGGAUGCAUUUUCCGUAAUCCACACUGCACUGAGAGACAUCGAGAAUGCUCCCCUGAACAUUGCUGUGACAGGGGAGACAGGGACAGGAAAGUCCACCUUCAUCAAUGCCCUGAUGGGGAUGGGGCAGGAAGAAGAUGGUGCAGCCCCUACUGGGGUGACAGAGACAACAAUGGAGAGAGUGCCAUACCCACACCCAAAGCUUCCUCAGGUGACAAUAUGGGACCUGCCUGGCAUUGGGUCCACUUCCUUCCCACCAGAAAACUAUCUAAAGGAAAUGAAGUUUGCUGAGUAUGACUUCUUUAUUAUCAUCUCAGCUUCACGCUUCAAAGAAAAUGAUGCAAAACUAGCGGAAGCCAUCAAAAUGAUGAAGAUGAAUUUCUACUUUGUUCGAACCAAGAUAGAUAAUGACAUAUAUAAUGAAAAGAAAAGUAAACCUAAGGCCUUCAAUAAGGAGAAUGUCCUGAUGAAAAUCCGAGGUGACUGCUCAAAGCAACUCAAGGAAGCCCUCUCCAGUGAGCCUCCAGUCUUCUUGGUCUCCAACUUUGACAUGUCUGACUAUGACUUCCCAAAGCUGCAGACCACCCUAUUGGGUGAGCUCCCAGCCCACAAGCGCCACGUCUUCAUGCUGUCCUUAAACAGUGUUACUGAGGACACCAUUAACCUCAAGAGAGAUUUCCUGAAACAGAAAGUCUUCCUAGAGGCUCUGAAGGCUGGAGCAUUGGCCAUCAUUCCAUUGGUUGGUAAGAUUAGGGAUGACUUAGAGGAUCUGAAUGAAACAUUCAAUCUCUACAGGUCUUACUUUGGGCUGGAUGAUGCCUCAUUGGAAAACAUUGCUCAAGAUUUUGGUAUGUCCACGGAUGAACUCAAGGUACGCCUUCGCUUUCCAAAUUUGUUUGCAGAAGGCAACGAUGUAUCCUUAGGGAAAAAACUACUGAAUUAUAUUGAACUCAUUUCCUCAGUUACUGGUGGACCAUUUGCUGCUAGGUUUUACUACAGAAAGACUUACUAUCUGCAGAAUCUCUUUCUUGAAACUGCAGCAAAUGAUGCCAUAGCUCUUCUUAAUAGGGAAGACCUUUUGGAAAAGAAGGUGGGACCAUUUAUAUCUAAGGCUCCUGAUUACUGGGAAUGAUGGGAAACAAGGCACAAGCUCCACUCAAUGUUUAGGUCUGGCCUUGCUUUGGACACUGAAUCAUAACCUACUCCCGAGUAACACACCUUGUUUGUGGAGCGCCAGAGAGUGUCCUUUUCCUCAUCCUGAGCCUGGGCUCAAGUGUGCUGUAGUAGUAGGAGAAGCUUCAACACUUUGCAAAUGUGUGAGGAAAACUCAUUUCCAUUAAAAUCAUUUGUAUAAUAUCCAUGAUAAA